GCGGGGCGCAGGCGCGUGUGCGUGUCCACGCGCGCGCCUGUGCGCGCGUGCGCCCCUGCCCGUGCCGAGCGGCCCCCGGGUUGAGAGCGCGGCCGGCGCCAUGUUCCGCCGGGCCCGCUUCAACGUGCGGCCCAACGUGCGGCCCGCGGGCAGGGCCGCCGGCGAUGCGGCGGACGCGGAGCCUCGAGGGCCGGGGUCCCCGGCGGCUGCCCGAGCAGAGGCUGCGGCGGUCGAGAGUGAUGGCAAGGCUGAUAGCUCAAGUGAUGCUGGAGAAUCUAGUAAACCUGCAGAGAUGCCUAUACAGAGAAGAAAACGGAUCUCCACCAUGCCCAAUCUUGUCAAACCCAGAGCUGGGCCUUCAUCUGCUCAGCAUUCUACAUCAAAACCACCACGACGAGCAUCACAGGCUCCUGAUGGCAGUGCUUCACUUCAGAAUGAUUCCUCUCCAUCAGAAAAGAGUAGUGUUGAAAGCUCUUUAAAGUCUUCCAUGCUGCCUGAAAAGAAGACACCUGUGCCACAAGUGCCACAGUUUUCCCCACUAAAAAAAUCAGUGAACAAAGAGCAAACUGUAGGUGUAGCUGCUCAAAAAAAUGAUGAUACUUUGCAGAAGAAUGUACCCUCCCCACUCAAGGAGAGACCAACACAGGAAAGAUCAGGAAUGCAGGAGGAAAAGCUACCAAUCAAACCUGUUCCCAUAAAAGAGAAACAAACGUGUUCUGACCGUGAAAGGAUCCUCAAAGCUCGGAAGUUAAGGGAAAUGCUUAAAGAAGAGUUGAAGAAAGAGCGGAUGUUGAAACACAGGCCUCCAAUAAUUGAAGGGCAUUCUCCACUGGAUCGUUCUAAAAUGACCAUGAGAGACUUGAUAUACUAUCUGCCAGAAAACAAUCCUAUGAAGUCUUCAUUGGCAGAAGAAAAAAGAACAGAAAAAAAUUCUGCACUGGGCCAAAUGAAAGAACAUGAAGAAAAAGGUAGUCCUGAUCAUGAAGAGGAAGACGAGGAGAAAGAAGCAGAAAAUGGGGAGGAGAGUCAGGAUGGUCCACUUCUAGUUCCUCGUGUGAAAGUAGCAGAAGAUGGUUCAAUUAUUCUGGAUGAAGAAAGUUUAACUGUAGAAGUUCUAAGAACAAAAGGUCCAUGUGUUGUAGAAGAAAAUGAUCCUAUCUUUGAGCGUGGCUCUACAACUACAUAUUCUAGCUUUAGGAAAAGCUUUUACACAAAACCAUGGUCAAAUAAAGAAACAGACAUGUUCUUUUUAGCUAUCAGUAUGGUAGGAACAGACUUCUCCUUGAUUGGACGGCUGUUUCCUCAUAGAGCCAGAGCAGAAAUUAAGAACAAGUUCAAACGUGAAGAAAAAGCUAACGGAUGGAGGAUAGACAAAGCUUUCAAAGAGAAGCGUCCCUUUGAUUUUGAAUUCUUUGCCCAGCUGCUUGAGAAGGUCUUAGCAGAUGAGGAAAAGAAGAAACAAAAGACUGUCAAAAGCCGGAAGCCAAAGGGAAAGAAGCCAUCGCGGCCUCGGAAGAAGACAAAAGCAAAAUCUGCCAACACAGAAGCUGCGAAUCAGGAAGCCAGAAUUUCUGAUGCAGAAGCAGAAGCAUAUGGUGUAAUGGCUGAGAAAGAAAAUGAAGAAUCUUUGAGCAUUUCUGAACAGUCAGAAGAACAGGUUGCAUCAGAACCGGUGUUAGCAAAAAAGAGGAUAAAGAAGAAGAGGAAAGAUGAUCUUGAACAGGAAGUGGAGAAUCAUCCAGAAGAAAUGGCUGUCCCUUCAAAAAUUGCAGAAGAAGGGAAAUCCUCUAAGAAAACAGUGGAAACUGUGGUAUGUAGUGCAAACAAUGAUGGUCAUACUACCUGUAGAGAAGAACUGGAUAGUGUUAAUGAAGGAAAACAGGAUGAGACUGCUGCUACAGAGGAAGAGGGAUCAGAGUCCUGUUUGCCAGUGGAUGACAUAAUGGAGAGAGAAAGUGAUGUCAAUUUAUGCAGCUCUGAAGACAGUAAUAAUGUUCUACUAGAAAUGGAAUCUGCUAAACUGAGAACCCUAGACGUUGAAGACGAUACCUCACAAGAAAGCCAGAUUUCAGAGUUACUGGUUUCAAAGCUUGGAAGCAAAGAAAGACAAUCUGAAGAAACUAGAGAAACAAAGAGCAAAGACAUACAAGACUUACAUAGACCAGAUGAAAAGCAGAGUGCAUCAGAAAAUGAUUCUCAGUCUGUAAUCAGGAAAACUGAAAAGCCUGCAGAACGAGGGCGCCUGCAAAGACCUAAACCCAAUUUAGUGAGAUCAUCUGGAAGGAGAGAAGCAGCAACUCAAGAGAAAAUUAAGUGCUUUGAGGAAGACAGUAGAAGCAGCAAAAAUGAAGCCACGGAAGUAGAGAAUAUGGAUUUGGAUACUAAAUCUGAAGAAUCUGAAAAAACUGUAAUUGCAAAGGCAGUAGUUCGAGGAUGUCGACUGAGAUUUAAGCCUAAUAUUGCAAGAUUGUCUGGAAGGAAAGAAGAGCCUGAAAAAGAUGCAAGAAAUGAUCCACAGGCGAAGGGGAGAACUGAAAAGAAUACUGACCAAAAUAAUAUGCCUGAUGCUACCAGUGAAGAAACUGCAGAAAAAGAUGACACAGUUGUGGAGACAGUGUCUCAGUCUAAUAAAACAGCUAGUUUACAAGAAGACAGCAAACAGAGUGUACUGAAACCAACACCUCUGAAGAGAGGCAGAGUGCAGAGACCAAAACCAAACCUAGGAAGAACUGUUGCAAGGCAAAAAGACAGGACAGAUGGAAAGAAUCCCGAAGAGGAGAAAACUGAAAGUGGAGAAAUAGAAAAAGGUGUGAUACACCAUAGGGAUGAAAACAAUGAUCCUUGCCUCAAAAAAGAUGUGACUGUUCAUGAAGACAUUCAGCCAUGCCAUGUGAUGUUAGAUAGGGAUGUUUCUACAGAUUGUGAGAUGAACUCAGUACAUACAAGGCAUUGUUCCCAGGAAAAGUCCUCAGAAGCAGAAAGCUAUGAAAAUGAAAAGGGAUUGUCAGAUGUCUUGAAACAGGUUUCAGACUUCAAUACAAGGGAGUGUGAUCUUCAAAAGGAAGAGGAGAAAACUGCUGUAUCAUCAUCUCGGCUACUGAGGAGUCGAUUCCAGAGACCAAAACCAAAUUUAAGAACGACAACUAGUAGAAGGGAAGUACUGGAUGUAAACACUGAAGGUGUAUCACAGAAAGAUACCAACAAGGAAGAAAGUUUGUCAAAUUGUGGCAGUAAAUAUAGCAUCCUUCCUGAUACAGAUAAAGCAGGAAAAUAUGAAGUCCUGCAACCAUUGGAAUCCUUAGGAAUAGAGAAGUCACUUGGCUCUAAGCAGGUUUCUGAGAGGCCAAGUUGUAAGCCCCCAAAGACAUUUUCAAGUCCAGAGGAUCGUGAAUUCAAGGUUUCUCUACCUGACAUUAACCAAGAUGACACCUCAACUACUAAUUCAGUCACUGAUAACAGGAAUGCCACUGAAGAAGAAAGUAAGCAAACACCUCUUCAACCUGUCCAGUUAGUGCAGAGCAGAUUCCAGAGGUACAAGCCAAACUUGGUAAGAGCUGUUGGAAAGAAGGAGUUCCAAAUAUCAGAAAAUGAGAGGGAGAAAAAGCCUGAAGGAGAGCAGUUGGUACUGCAAAAAGAUGAGUCUGCCAAUACUGUCAUCGGUGAAAAUGAAGCUGUGUUGUAUCAAGCAGAUGUAUUGAGCAAAGAGGAGCAGGAACAGCAAGAGGCCCCACAGGUGCCCUAUAUUUCUGAAAACAUAUUGUGUGAACAAAGCAGUGCUGAAAAGUCCACUUCUCAAGAAAGCACGCUGGGUACUCUGAAACCAAGACAAUUCAUAAGGGAUGGAUCUCUGAGAACUAGACCAAACUUAGAAGGAACAUGUAGUAAAAAAGAAUCUCCGGUGGCACAAAAACUUUCUGCUCCAGUUGAGGAAGAAGCAAAUAAAGGAGAGAAUCUGCCUGUGGCAGAAGAAUCUGAGGAACCUCUUUCCUCAAAAGAUAACAUGGAAGUGUUAUUGUUUGUGGGAAAUUCAGCCAAGAAUGACAAUCUAGACAUAAAUCCAAAAAGUCUGAAGUCAGAAACACUCUGUUCCUCUAAAAAAUCACCUAAUGGCCAUAGCAAGGAAGAAGAAGAAGGUCAACCAACAGAUGCUGUAGGAAGCAUUCAGGAUACCACAGAAAGGUCCAAUGAUAAAAUAAGUUCUGGAGAAGAAAGUAAACAGAGUGAUACAAAACCUUUGCAUCAAGGAAGGGAACCCCACUGGAACCCAGAGCCAAACCUUAUGAGAGUUACUAGAAAAAGAUAUUAUCCUGAAGAAGGUGAAAACAGAGAAGAGGAUGAGGCUGAGAAUAGAAAUGGGGAAGAAUAUUUGGUGUUAGCAAAAACAAGUGUAUCAAUGCAAAACUCUAGUAACACAGUGGAAGCUGCAUCCUUCUCAGAGGCUACAAGAAAACACAGUUUUACAGACUCUGUUGAAGAAACAUCUUGUAAAAGAAUCAAGCAGGAUAGUAGACUUCAGUCUCCAGAGGUAUCAUCAGAGAGUCAAGUAGAAGAAGAAGAUGAUUCUCAGCUUUCUACCUCUCAGGAAAAAAAUUCAGACAAUCUCACAAGAAGGCAGUCCAGAAGGUCAUCAGAAUGGGUAGCGCUGCCAAAACAUGUCUUGGACCUAAGAACUGCUGCUUCUUCUGCCUCCAAAUGUGAGGCUAAUUGCAGUGAGAAGGCCAAUCAAAGGCAAGAAGUUGAAUUGAGUGUUUCUAGAGGCAAAAGUUUGAAAACUACGCAUAGAAAGAAAUCUGGGAAGGAGCACAGAAGUUCAGAGAUAAGCUUGGUGACGCUCUGGGCUUCUCAAGAGGAGGAGGAGGAGGCGUCAGAUGACUUUGAGCCUGAUGAUGAAGAUGAACGCUUUGCACCAGAGGAAGUAAACAAAGCUCCAGUGUUUGUUCCUAUAGGUCUUCGAUCUCCAAAACCCACUCCUGUUCAGAUAGAAGAAACCAUGGAGGAGCUGGAAAUACCUAUGAAUAUACCAGAUGUGCAGGUGUCUACUGAUGUUGAAAGUCUCUCUCAUGCAUCUGCCCAGCUAGUGGUACAGAGGAAGGAAAAAAUAAGCAUCUCAACAGCUGAAACAACCAUACAUGGAAAUCCAGAGGUGGACAAAGGAAUUAAUGAUGGGAGUACUGAAGCUGCCAUGACUUUACUUGCAAUGGGCGAUCCAAUGUUCCAGUUAAAAACAAACACUGAAGAAUGGACGCACAUGUUACCUGCUCAAGAUGAGUUGAACAUGGCCAAUAGCCUUGUAACCCACACCUACUCCAAACAAAAUAGAACCUCUUGUCAGUAUUUACUUUCUUCAGACACUUCUACCAAGGAAUUGGCCAUUUCUGAGGAUGAAAGCAACAUUAACGUUGAGGAUCAAAGCACUGGCACAAGAAUAGGUGUCGAAGAAUAUUUUGAGAAAAAUGCUACAGAUACCAGUGAUAGCUCUUUGCCUGCAGUGAACAGUAUGAGACUGACAACAGGCAGACUCCUGAAGCCUGAGCAAUCCUUUGGAAUAUCUAGGUCCAAUGAAAACGCAAUUCAGAAGUCACUUAAUACAACUGUAUUUACAGAACAACUAGAGCAAGUUCAAAGUGAGUGUGCAAUCCUGAGAGGUACUGCAGAAAUGCAGAAGUUGGAACUAGAACAGGUCAGACCAGGUGCAGGUGAUUCUUCAGUUCUUCAUGAUUCGGCCUCUAGAAGUAUGGAAUUUACCAAGCAAGUAGACAAAACUGAGAGAACAGAGAAAAAUAUGAGAGACACUUGUGGAAAUUCUGAAGACUUAAGACCUGUAACUGCAUCACCAAAACGUGAAAAAUCUCACCUUGGACUAGAUGAUUGUGCAAGUCAAAGUUCUGCGGAUGAAUGUCAUCAGCAAAAUCCUUUUCCUCCUGAGCACAAUAUAUGCACAAUCAACUUUACUCAGAAUGAAGCUUGUGCUCAGGAUGCUCAACAAUAUGUAAGCAGUACAGAAGAGUCUUCAGCAGUCAACAAUGAUCAUAGAUGUUCAGAGGAGGAACAGACAUUCAUUUUAACAUUGGUGGAAAUCCCAUCUGAUUCAAAAGAGUUUGAUGCAUCUGCUUUGCUGGAACAAACUUCAGAACCAUUACUACCAGCUCCAAUACUCAUCAGCCCAGUAAAUGCAAGUGAAACAAGAGUGGCUGAAGUGGAGAGCACUGGAUCCUCGACAACUGCAGCUGAUGAAUUUGCUGCAUUUCUAAACAGCAGUAUGGAAACCAAACAACCAGAGAGUGCAUCAGUAGAGCCUGUUCCAAAUUUGCAGAGAGGUCAGAAAAGAUCAGCUGCUGAACUUGAAAAGAAUUGUUUUCCUCCUGCCAAGAAAACUCUGUCUACUGUUGUCGUGGAAGGUAACUUGGAAACCACUGAUAAGGGUUGUUUGAUUAAAUCCACAAAUGGUGCAAUGAUAGCUUCUGGGAAUAAUUUUCAAAACAUAGAGGCUUCAGCAAAGGAAAAAGUACUUACCUCUGCAUUGGUGUCUGAGUCUAUGUCACCACUGGCUGAUAGAAGCCAGCUUGAGACUUUGGAGAACUUAGGGAAAACACCACUUGAGAAUUCAGCAUCCAAACAGGAAGAGGAAGUGAUGUCUAGAUUAACCUCUAACAGAAAAGUAGAAAUAAGUGGACAAGGAAAGCAGGGGGAUGUUCAUGAAUCUGGACAGUUGCAACAUACUGGAAGCCUAGCAUCAUCUUCAAAAACUCCUUUACUCAGGGGUGGACGAAAACCAUUGGGAUUUUUAUCUUUAAUUUGCAAAAAAAGUAGUUCUGAGUCUGCAGAAGAUACCAAAGGAAAUAAAGGGAAGAUCCAGAAACCUCGGAUUGUGACUCCAAAGCGAAGUCUAAAAAAGCCCACUCCAUCCACUAACAAUGAUAGGGAAUCUCAUUCCCUUACCUCUACAAGCACAUCAUCAUCUGUGGAGUAUGAGAAUGUAGCUGCUGAUGCUGCAGUUAGGGUUCCAAGUAACAAGCCAUCUGGCAAGUCACCUCUUUGUGCUAAAGAACAACAGAAGGAAGAAGAGCCAACCAGAAUCUCUGAGUAUUUUUUCAGUGACAUCUUUACGGAAGUGGAUGAUGCAGAAUAGCAAAUUGGCUUUAUAAAAACCUAGAAUCUGAGAGUAUAAUGCAACAACAAAAGAGUAUUUUUAGAAAGUUCUGAUUUGUUCUGAUGUUCAUUAUGCCACACUUAUUGCCAUCCAAGCUGUUGUUAAUAAAUUCCGUAAAGAUGGAACAGAUUCCUUCUGAAGCGACCUGGAUAUUUUAAAAUGUGGAAAUAAUCUAAACCACUACAUUGAUGUCAUUGGACCAGACCAGCAGCUGCUGGCUUAAUUUCACUUGUUUAGACGCUGAUAAUGGGUGCAUGACUAUAUUGCAGAAAAGUGCAAUGAAAAAAUGCUUCAUCUUGUGACAAGUGUUCCUUUGAACUUUAACGCUAAAGCUUGUGGUACUGGCUAUACAAUUUCUUUACUUCUUUUUGUGAAGUAUGCUAUUUUAGUAUGUUAGAAGGAGGAAUUAACUUCUUAUGUAUAGGGUAAUCUCUGUAGAUCUGUAUGCAAAUACUAGAAGUAGUGUAGUAAAUACAUAGAUAUGUUCAGUAUUACAGGUAUUUUUAUUAGCAUCCUCAAAUUACAUAUUUUUUUAAGAGUUUUUAAUUACAUAAGUUAAAAGAUCCUAACCUGAAAAGCCAAAUGGGCUUAGUUCCUUAAAAAUAUAUUGAGAAAAAACAUAAAAACAGUUUACUAAAAGAUGCUUCACAAUGUUAAUCUUUGCAACUGUCUUAUUAAAGUGGGAAAAAGAGGUUAAUGUUUCCUAGUAUUGAUACAUUGUACCAAAGUAAAAACUGUAAACUUAAGAAUUUAGAGACAGUUUUAUGAUUGCCUAAGCACACCAGAAUAUUACAGACAUUGUCUCAGCAAAUUAAGAUAUUAUAGACAUUGCUUUAAGACAGCAAGGUGUAAAAAUGGGUUUAACAAAGGAAAUAAAGGAACUUGUGGUCAGAAACCGGAGUAAGAAGACCAGCAAGGGCACACUGUGCAUGCCCACCAAGACCACCAAGGACCUCUGAAGACGACCCUUGAGGACUGCAAGUGCAUGCGUAAUUCGUAUGCAGAUACUAUAGUGAGUUCCAGGAAACAGAAGGCAUAUGUAUGUAACAGGUUAAUAUGAACCUUGCUGGAUGAGAUGUUUGGUGUGCACGCUUUUGAGACACAAGUCUGUGUUGCAUCCAGUGCUGCAGCGCUGCAAUAAAGAAUGCCUGCCUUCUAAAACUUCAAAUUAAGUCUUAGAGGGUUUUCUUGACCGAUUUCACGGUAUCAUUUUGGCAAUGCAGGUGAGACUUGCCUCCCGUAGUUCCGUGGGAUCUCUGGACCUUCACACCAGCACCGAGUGAUUCUUGGGAAGACCCUCAGAUCCCUGGACCACUUUGGGAUGGAAGUAAGUUCCCUCUGGAAUUUAAUGUAUAAGGCAUUCUUUACCUGGGGUUCACGACCCCACUGGUUUUGGUCAUAAUCACUUAAGUGAGAUGUGCAGAAGUCUUGCGUAUCAAGUAAUUGAUACAGGGGUCCAGCAUGUUAAGUGAUGACUGUGUGUCCAGACUUGGGGUUCGAGGCGCCGGUUGUGUUUAUCGCUUGGUGAGAUGCCAGGAGAUGUCCUGACGUUAAAGGUACCUGUGUUUGAGUUCAAGAUUGAUACUGGGUUUAGUUUGGUCAUUUGUCAUUUCUAAGUUUAUUGGGGUUCGGUUGUGUUUAUAAAUUGUGAUAUGGGUACUGUACCUUCAAAAAGGGGAAUGUUGGGGAAACCCUCCUUAGGAUGCAUCCUAAGUCAUUGGAAACAAAUCGGGGGACCCCCAAGGGGAGUUGCAACUAGGUAUAAUCUGAUGAAAUAUUGUAAUCGAUGAAGGGGAAAAAUGGGCUGUAAAUGGAACUCUGGACUAUAAUACAUUGUUACAAUUAAUGUUGUUUUUAAGAAGAAAAGGAAAAUUAAAUGAAGUGUUAUAUGCAGAUAUAUUUUUCACUUUGAGGAAGCACCCAGCGUGGCAGAGGAAAUGUGGUAUUAAUCUUGCUCCUAGUGAUCCACUUACAUUAGCACUUGAAAAAGAUAGAGGUAAAACCUUGAAAAGAUGUUCUUCUCCUUGUAGUAUAAGGCAGAAAUGUUUGAAGGCUAUAGAACGUGCAGAGGAAAAUACUGACUUGAUGUUGCCAUUUGGGGUGGUAAAAUGCUAAAUUGGGAGGUGGAACUAACAAUGAGGAAUAUAAUCACUGGGGAGAGAAACCAGUAUUAGGGGAGGAAGGUUUUAGUCCUAUUGCAGGACAUCCUAGAGGUAGACAAGGGGAAGUUAUACAGGCUCCCCUAUGCCAGGCUGUGGGAGAUGAAAGACCAGUGACCAUAAAGGUCCCGUUCUCAAUUACAGAUCUUAAUAAUUGAAAACUGGCAGUCAGGAAUUAUAGGGAUGACCCGGAGAGAGCAGCUUGUGCUUUUGAAAUGAUGAUUAAAACUCAAGACCCUGAUUGGAAGGAUAUUGAGGCAAUAAUACAGGUGCUGUUUGAUAGCACAGAAAGGAACAUGAUUUGUAAAAUGGCUAGAAUGCAGAUAGAAGCGCAGGUUGCAUCAACUUAACUUUCCUUCUGUAGAUCCGAACUGGGAUCCGAUGUGGGUGGAUCAAAACAGCUCUUAACACAAUAUCAAAAAUGGAUUCUGUUGAGUAUUCGAAAUGCUAUAGCUAAGGCUAAGGUCCCUAAUUGGUUGAAUUAUAUGUAAUCAAACAAGAUCGAAAGGAGUCUCCUCCUGAUUUCCUGAACAAACUGAAAGAGACUGCCCACAAGUAUACAGCUAUUGAUCCUGAAUCUGAGGAAGGUAAAAACCAAUUGGCACCUUUGUUUAUCAGGCAAUCCUCUGAUGAUAUAAGACAGAAGUUAUAAAAAUUACAGGGAAAUGAUGCUAGGGAUUUAGGUAAACUAUUGGAUGUGGCAUAGAUGGAAUACAGGAACAGAGAGUGUCAGAAGGAGAGGACUAACAAUAGACUGAUAUCAGUGUUGGAGGAAAAUAGUUGCAUGAAUGGAAAAUAAUUGCAUUAAUAGAAAAUCAGGAAAGAACUAGGAGAGGAGGAAGACCUCCACAUUAUAGAGACACUGAAAUGUGGUUGGGAAACAAUCAAUGCUCUCAUUGCAAAAAGGAGGGACACUGGAGGCACGACUGUCCCUUUUGGAAAUGAGGCCCCCUGGCCAGACCCUUACUAGCAGUCGAAGAACACUGAAGGGGACCAGAGGUGAAUUUCCCAGCAGAACCUCUGGUUAAAGCUAGGCUGGGAGAUGGGGAAAUUGAAUUUCUAGUAGAUACUGGGGGCUACUUACUCAGCUUUAAACACAUUGGAGGGAGAACUGAGUACAAAUAAUGUCCGUAUUUUUGGUGCGGCAGGGGCUCGGGAGACACAACCAUUCUUUAAAUCCUUAAAACUAAAGUUUGGAAAACAAUGGGUGACACAUCAAUUUUUGUACUUGCCAAAUUCACCCAAACCUUUGCUUCCUAGAGACUUUCUUGAGAAACUAGAAACGGAGAAUAAAUUCAAGGAUGGGGAAAUAGAAACCUUGAUCCCCAAGUCAAAAUAUUUAGAGGCCUCAGGUUUGAUGUUUCAGGAAUAGAUCCCCAAGGAAAUGACAAUACCCCAGGAAGUGGAUGAUGCCAUAAUUCCUAUGGUGUGGGCUGGAGAAGUUCCAGGAAGAGCUAGGAAUAUGAACCGGUAAAGUCAAUCUCAAGCCAGGAACUAAGCUGGUAAGAAUUAAGCAUCAUCCUCUAAAAUUGGAAGCUAGACAAGGAUUAGCUCCAAUAAUUCAGAAUUUUCUCAAAUAGAACUUAUUGAUAGAAUGCAAGUCAGAAUAUAAUACACCUAUCCUUCUGAUCAAAGAGGCAAAUGGGAAGGAUUAUUGAUUACUUCAGGAUUUGAGGGCUAUUCAUCAAAUAGUGACAGGUAUUCACCCAGUGGUAGAUAACCCUUAUACUCUGCUAACAACAUUAACUGGGAAACAGGAAUGGUUUACUGUUGUAGAUCGUAAGGAUGCCUUUUUCUGCAUACCCCUAGACUCUAAAAGUCAAGAGCUUUCUGCUUUUGAGUGGAAAGAUUCGGUUACCAGGAGGAAAACACAGUGUACUUGGACAGUCCUGCCACAGGGAUUUAAGAAUAGCCCCACCAUUUUUGGGAAUUGACUAGCAAAAUAAUUGGACGCCUGGAGAAAGGAAAGCCCCACAGGGACAGUCAGUUUUGCAGUAUGUGGAUGACAUCCUGAUUGUUGUGGAAAACAGGCACGACUGCAUUUCCCUGACCAUAAGUUUAUUGAAGAUUUUGAGCCUAAGUGGGUAUCAUAUAUCCCAAGAAAAGGUCCAAAUUGCUAAAAGAACCAUAAUCUACCUGGGAUAUGAGAUUUUGCAGGGCCAACUGCAAUUAGGGGUGGAGUGAAAAGAAGAUAUCUGUCAAAUCCUGGAACCACAGGCUGUCAAGGAACUCCAUGCCUUUCUGGGUAUGGUGGGAUGGUGCCAAUUAUGGAUUGCUAACUAUGGAGUAAGGGUGAAACCCUUAUACAAACUGCUAAAACUUUUUGAAAUAGGCUGGGUAGACUGGACAGACGAUAGUUGGACUGCGUUCAGAAGAUGGAAACAAGCAUUGAUGAGAGUGCCAGCUCUAGAACUGCCUGACCUUAAUAAACCAUUUGAACUUUUUACUCACUAAAGACAGAAUGUUGCUUUGGGAGUGUUGGCCCAAGCACUGGAGAAUCAGAGGUGAGCAGUGGUGUACUUUUCCAAGCAACUGGACAACAUCAGCCAGAGAUGGCCUGGGUGUCUCAAAGCAGUGGUGGCUACCGUAUUGUUAAUCCAAGAAGCUCGGAAGUUAACACUGAGACAGAAAUUAACUGUGCAUGUACCCCACAUGGUAGUCACAGUAUUAUAACAGAAGGGAGGGCACUGGCUGUCCCCAAGUCACAUGCUUAAAUACCAUUACUAGAACAAGAUGACAUGCUUCUCAAAGCCACAUCUGUCGUUAAUCCGGCUAUUUUUUUUAACUGUUGCUAACCCUGAGAGCUGUCUAGAAAAAGGAUUGUUUGCAGACGGAUGAAGAAACCUAUUCCAGUUAUUCGGACUUUAAGGAUACCUGCUGUAGGACCUGGAUUGGGAACUGUAUAAAGACGGUAGCAGUUUUGUCUGGAACCUGACACUGAAGUUGGGGUAUGCUGUAACAACCAUCAACAAGGUAACAGAGUCAUAGGCAAUGUCUUUGAAAGUAUCAGCCCAGAAGGCUGAAUUAAUAGCUCUUACAAGAACUUUGGACUUGAGCAAAGGAAAAAGAAUUACCAUAUGGACAGACUAAAUAUGCCUUUGGAGCAGUACAUGCACAUGAAGUCAUUUGAAAAGAAAGAGGGUUGUUAUCAGCUCAAGGGUCUGAAAUUAAACAUGCUGUUCAAAUCCAAGAGUUGCUGGAAAGUAUCCAGAAGCUGACUGAGGUAGCAUUGAUGCAUUGCAAGGCACAUAAAAUGGGAAAAAGCCCCCCUGAAAUUGGUAAUCAGUUGGCUGAUAAGGCUGCUAAAGAGGCUGCAGAAACAGGUAUCCUGGCAGUAAUACCAGAGAAACAGUUAAACUUACCUGAGGUGCCACCAAAGUAUGACAAAAAGGAUAACAAAUUAUUGAGGAGUUUGCAGGCAGCAGAGCAGGAACAAGGGUGGUGGGUGACACUAACAGGAAAAGUAAUUACCCCUCCAUCUGUAGUGAGAGAAAUAGUUAGAAAAGAACAUCAAAAGAUACAUUGGGGAGCUGAGAAGUUACUAAAACAUUUACAAAAGACAGUGCUCAGUAGGGCUAUGACUGAGAUAAUAAAAUCUGCCACAAAGAGAUGUGAAAUUUGUCAGAAGAAUAAUCCUAAUACUGGUAAGAAAUUAACGUUUGGGGUAACAAAGGGAGGAAAUUCCCCAGGGGACUAUUGGCAAAUCGAUUUCACUGAAUUACCUAGGAAGGAAGGUUAACAAUGUAUUUUGGUUUUGGUCAGUAUCUUCUGUGGAUGGCCAGAAGCUUUUCCCUGUCACACCGAGGCUCAGUAAGUUGCGAAAAUACUGCUAAAGACAUUAAUUCCAAGAUAUGGGGUACCUUUGGGAAUGUCUUCAGACAGAGGUUCUCACCUCAUUGAUUGCUUGAAGGAGGCAUUGGGGAUCGAUUGGGACUUGUACACUCCCUACCGACCACAGUCCAGUGAAAAUGUAGAGAGAAUGAACUAUACCCUUAAGUUACAAUUGGGAAAGAUGUUACAAGAAACCUUGAAAAAUGAUACUUCGUGGGGUUUUGAAAAAAUAUGGCAUAAACUUAACCUCCUCCCCAGUAGGGCCUAGUUAAAACAUCUGUUUGUUAUAGCAAUUGCAAAAGUUUGUAUUCUAGCUUGCCUUAUGAUUCAAUGUUGUAACUUCUGUGGUCAACUCUGUUAGAAAAUCAAAUAUCGAUAUUGAGGCAUUGGACCUGUAACUCCAAAGUCUCAAGAAAAAGGGGGAGUUGAUACAUUGUACCAAAGUAAAAACUGUAAACUUAAGAAUUUAGAGACGGUUUUAUGAUUGCCUAAGGACACCAAAAUAUUACAGGCAUUGUCUCAGCACACCAGAAUAUUACAGGCAUUGUCUCAUCAAACUAAGAUAUUAUAGACAUUGCUUUAAGACGGCAAGGUGUACAAAUAGGCUUAACAAAGGAAAUAAAGGAACUUGUGGUCAGAAACUGGAGAUUAUGGAGUAAGAAGAAGCAAAGGCAUACUGUGCAUGCCUAGGAUGCCCCUGAAGACCACCAAGGACCUCUGAAGACGACCCUUGAGGACUGCAAGUGCAUGCGUAAUUCGUAUGCAGAUACUAUAGUGAGUUCCAGGAAACAGAAGGCAUAUGUAUGUAACAGGUUAAUAUGAACCUUGCUGGAUGAGAUGUUUGGUGUGCACGCUUUUGAGACACAAGUCUGUGUUGCGUCCAGUGCUGCAGCGCUGCAAUAAAGAAUGCCUGCCUUCUAAAACUUCAAAUUAAGUCUUAGAGGGUUUUCUUGACUGAUUUCACAGUAUCGUUAUAAAUGCUAGUUUCCUGCUAAAUUUGAAACAAGGGGAUAGAUACUACUUUUCCAUGGGUUUACCUGUAGCUAUUUGCCUGUCUGCUGCCUUCCUUGGUUUCACUUGCGCAAAGUAGCACAAAGAGAUUGGAUUUAAACCAUGACUAUGCAAUGUGGUUGCUUUGAUGAUUUGCUACUUUGAAGCAGUUGGAUUUGAAUGGCUUUCUUCAUGUUGCAUGUCUGCCUGUACUGUAACUUGCUAUAAAAUGUUUGUGUAGCUUUAGAUUUUAGUGUAAUUUUUUUACUUACCAUGUCAAGAAGAUUGUCUUGAGGUAACAAGGUUCAUGCAGUCUCAAAAUCAGGUGGUCACUGAAAGAUUCAAUAUUUAUUCUGAAACUCCUUCUUAUACAAAAAUGAGUGCGUAGAUUUAAGUAGUCUAAAUUUUUCUCUUCUUAACAUCAGGUACUUUUGCAAAACUAAUUAUUUAUUAUGUAAGUGAUGUUUAAAUGGUAUUGUUAUACUCUCAAGAAACCUGGCUUCAGCUUUGGCCUGGAUAAUAAUUUACUGGCAUAUAUUUUAAUAUAAGUAUCUAGAAUUUUUAAAUACUUGAUGAAAUUUGUGACUGUUUGCCUUUCAGAAGUUAUUGGCAAGGCUUCUGAAGGCGCCUUUAAAAUUUUGUCAGUGAGGAAAAUGCCUAGAAAAGCUACCAUUACUGCAAACUGCUACCUUAGCAGGCCUCUGUCAAUCAAGUGUUGCUAGCAGCAGUACCUUGAGGUGAUGGAAAAGGGAUGAGUCCCACUGUGAAGUAAUUUACUUGAAAGCAUACUGUCCAACCCCUUCCUCCCCCCAAAAAAACAAAAAUACCCACCCCCAACCCCAGUUUCAGUUCAGACGGUAUCUGUGUUUUGCCUAAUUCAUUUAACUUGAAAUGUUUAUUUAAAUAUUGUCUUAAUGUAAACACUAUGAAGUAGAUUAUACAGAAAGCUCCAUGUAUUGUAUAUCUUGUAGAUAAUAUUUUAUAUAUGCAAGUGUUUAGUUCCUGAUACAUGUGGCAUGUUUAAAUCACUUGCACUGAUAGAGCCUAAAAAUAGAUUUGUGCGGAGUAGCUAUAAAAUAAUUGCCCUAAGUACUUUCUGAGGUGAUAACCAUUCUACAUUUACUUGUGUACAUUUUAGCCUGUAUUCAUAUUACAAGAUUAAAAACCCCAUCUAUUUCAAUACUAAAAUUUAAGGUGCCUUAUCUACCUUGUUAAUUAGGGCUACACUUUUUUUCCCCUGCAGUAUGUCGUGCACUUUGUUAGAGGAUUUUUUUUUUUUUAAGGACAAAUUUAAUUUUAAUAGACAUAAGACAACUUGCUGGUGUUUUGUGUAUGAAAGUUUUAUAAUGGUGAAGGAUGUAAGAAUAGAUCAGUGAAAUCUCAAUGCCUGUUAGUUUAAAAUUUUUACAAAGAUGUGGUGUAAGACUGCUGUGCUUGGACUUGUCUGCUGCCCUGUAUCAUCACAUACAAGCUUUUCUUUGAAAAGUAGUCAUAUUCUGUAUGUAAAUUAUGUGAAUAAAUUAUUUUAUUUUA